GCCGAUGAUGCCGGAGCUACUCGGUUUCAUGUAAUCCUUGACUACCGUUCACAUCCUACAAACUCUCUAAUUAAUCCGGAAAUGAGAGAUUGGCAAGGCCCAGCUAUCUUGAUAUUCAAUAAUGGGAUAUUUGAGGAUGUAGAUUUCCAAUCGCUCAUGAAUAUACGUGUUGGCGGAAGGCAAGGUGAUAGAACAAUGAUCGGGAAAUAUGGAUUGGGCUUUAACUCGUGUUACCAUUUUACCGAUGUUCCAAGCCUUAUCAGUCGUGAUUCCAUUGUGUUUCUGGAUCCCCAAGAAACAUACCUGGGACAACGUGGUAUCAAAAGCCCUUUUCCCAGGAAUGGCAUUCGUCGGUACUCUGAAAGGGACCAAUUGGUUCCUUUUGAAAAUAUUGAAGGCAUCGAUUUUCGAUCAACUUUUAAUGGGUCACUUUUUCGAAUACCACUUCGAAGGAGCCGUAGUGAUAUAUCCAAUAGGGUUUUUACUAUAGAAGAAGUCAGAAGUUUA